AAAUUACCAUGGGAGAGAGAGAGACGGCAGCCGGAGAGUCCGUCAACGAUGUCGAAGCGAGGUAGGGGAGGUUCCGCUGGGAACAAAUUUAGGAUGUCGCUGGGUCUACCUGUGGCGGCUACAGUCAACUGUGCCGACAAUACAGGAGCUAAGAACCUGUAUAUCAUUUCAGUGAAGGGGAUCAAGGGCCGCCUCAACCGGUUGCCAUCAGCUUGUGUUGGUGACAUGGUCAUGGCGACGGUCAAGAAGGGAAAACCUGACCUCAGGAAGAAGGUGCUUCCUGCUGUUAUUGUCAGGCAGCGCAAGCCAUGGCGCCGAAAGGAUGGUGUCUUCAUGUACUUUGAAGAUAAUGCUGGUGUCAUCGUGAACCCCAAAGGAGAGAUGAAAGGUUCUGCUAUAACAGGCCCAAUUGGAAAGGAAUGUGCUGAUCUCUGGCCCAGAAUCGCCAGUGCAGCUAAUGCUAUUGUUUAAGUGACUUAAUUUCGUUUUUAUCCUGUUAUAGACUAGGAUUUUAUGAUUCAAUUUCAUUGUCUGGGAUUAACUUAUUUUAUCUUGAAAAAAAUAUGAUCGUUAUGAGUUUUGGUUCA